UCUUGGAUUAGUGGUUUAAGUGCUUCGUCUCUCUCCCGUUGAGAGUGUGUCUUUAUUUAACGAAUCGUUUUGUCUCUAUUAGCUUUCAGUGAAACAACAGCGGGCGUGCGAUCAUUCGGACUUUUACCUGUUGAAGUGUCACGCGGGCUAGGCUUUUAUUUUGCAAACUUCUAACCACAAAACUGUAAACACGCUGUAGGCGGCCCACCAGCAUAGGAAUCGUGGGGUGAGCUUGUUAUGGUUGGCUAGCCACGCGAACGAUUUGUUAUUUACCCUCUUGUCGACCGCAAGCCCGGUAAAGCCCCUGUAUAUGUGAUGUCAAUCAAAUCGGAAAACCCCGCCUGUUACGCGAUGCCAAACAGUACAGGCUCUUGGUCGCUGAACGUUUGUAGCCAGUCGUAGUAAAGCGUAUUCAACUACUACGACCGCCGAACAAAUAUUUGCUCUGUUUACAAGAGAGGAUCGAUUGAAAAACGACGAAACGUGCUUCAUUACUGAUUCAUGUCUAGACCUCGGCGUAGCAGAUACAACUGCCUUCAGUCGACAAACUGGCUUCGAGCGGCCAACUAUCAAAUUCGGUGCGACGGGAAAGCCGUCGGACGAAGCGGUGGAAAGUAAGUAUGUCGGAGGAGAAAGAGAGCGAUUUGUCGCCGGAGCAGAGAGAGGAGUAUGACAGCAUGGAAAAAUGGAUGGACGAGCAUCCAGAAUUCGUUCACGAUUACUUCGCGAGAAAGGCUAAAAGGAGCAUGGUAGAUGGCUGGUUGAUAGCCCAUGCUAUAGGACUGACCCACAGUCACUCAGAUACUAACUCCAGUGGGUCCAAUUCCAAGCCUGGGUCAGGGGCUAAUACACCUGUCAGAAAGAUAUCAGCGCAAGAGUUCGAGAAAGGAGGCAUUCUUAAACCCAUGGUUUCUAAUGUUGAUGGAAAUUUGACAUUUCUGGGUCCGUCAAACUUAUCCUCCCAAGUAAAAACAAACAGAAAAUCCAGAAGUGAACUCAAGGCAUUAGAUGAGAGAGAACUGAUGUAUGAACUUGUGAUUGACAUUUGCAAUGAUCUGGACGUGACAAGCUUGUGUCAUAAAAUUUUGUUAAAUGUAUGUAUACUGGUUAAUGCUGACCGCUGCUCUCUGUUCCUGGUGCAGGGGAAAGGCACGGAGGAAAAGCACCUGGUCAGUAAACUGUUUGACAUACAUAGUGAGUCGACUUUUGAGGAAACGGUGAAAAAUACACAAGAAAUUCGCAUUCCAUGGGGCACAGGGAUUAUAGGCUAUGUUGCCAAGACUGGGGAAGGAGUGAACAUACCAGACGCCUAUGAAGAUCCCCGUUUCAAUGAUGAGAUUGAUACAAAAACAGGGUAUAAAACACGCAGCAUCAUAUCAAUGCCAAUCAAAGAUUCGGAGGGGGAUGUAAUAGGUGUGGCGCAAGCUGUCAACAAAAUCAGUCCACAGGAUGAACCUUUUGAUGAACAUGAUGAAAAGGUAUUUGCCUCUUACUUGGCCUUUUGUGGGAUUGGACUCAAGAAUGCUCAACUUUAUGAAAGAUCCCUUUUGGAGAAUAAAAGAAAUCAGGUGUUGUUGGACUUGGCCCGUGUGAUAUUUGAAGAACAGAGCGAUGUAGCCAAUCUGAUACACAAGAUAAUGAUGCAUACUCAGUCCCUUCUCCAGUGUGAGCGCUGCCAGGUUUUACUGGUGGAUGAUCAACACAAGCAGUUUUCCUGUAAGGAUAUAAUAAGACGUCCUGAGGGCAUUUUUUCUCAGGUAUUUGAUCUUCAGGCCAGUGAUUUUGACAACGAUGAUACGUAUCACAGAGAAGGGAACACGGAGCCACGGUUCCCUAUCAACAUCGGUAUCACCGGAUAUGUGGCCACUACGGGAGAGCCACUGAAUAUCCCAGACGCAUACAAGGAUGAUCGGUUUGAUCCUGCGGUGGAUGAACUUCAGGGAAACUUUCGCACGCACUCCAUCUUGUGUAUGCCAAUCAAAAACGCUUGCGGUCAGGUGAUAGGCGUCAGUCAGCUCGUUAAUAAACUCGAUCAAACGCCGUUCAACAAAAAUGACGAAAACCUAUUUGAGGCUUUUGCAAUAUUUUGCGGGCUGGGCAUCAGCAAUACUCAGACUUACGAGAAGGCGGUGAGGGCCAUGGCUAAGCAGAGUGUGGCCUUGGAGGUGUUAUCAUAUCAUGCUAUAGCUCCUGCUGAACAGGCACAGAGAAUAAAGAAUUUAGGCAUUCCUUCGUCCAAGUUUUUCAACCUGUUGGAUUAUGGCUUUAAUGACUUUGGCCUGGAUGAUGAUGAUACGAUACGAGCCUGUAUACGAAUGUUCCUCGAUCUAGAUCUCUUAGAACGCUUCCACAUCAAUUACGAAGUUCUAUGCAGAUGGCUGCUGAGUGUGAAGAAGAACUACAGAAAUGUCACUUAUCAUAACUGGAGACACGCCUUCAAUGUCGCCCAGACGAUGUUCUGUAUGAUAAAGUGUGGAGGGCUGGAAAACAUGUUGACUGACCAAGAGACGCUGGCCCUGAUGGUGGGCUGUCUGUGUCAUGAUCUGGAUCACCGGGGCACCACUAACCAGUUCAUGAUCAAAACAGCUUCUCCUCUCGCUCAGCUGUAUUCCACUUCCACAAUGGAACAUCACCACUUUGACCAGUGUAUCAUGAUUCUGAGUACAAAGGGUAAUGACAUACUGGGCAGUGUGAAUCAAGAAGAGUAUGAACGUAUUAUACAGCUCUUAGAGGGCGCUAUCCUUGCCACAGACUUAGCACUUUACUUCAGGUAUAGAGGAGAGUUCUUUGAACUUGUUCAGACAGAAAAAGCUGACUGGAAUUGUGAUGAUCAUAAAGAUUUGCUCAGGUCUAUGAUGAUGACUGCCUGUGAUGUGUCAGCAAUAACCAAGCCCUGGGGCAUUCAACAGAAGGUCGCACAGUUGAUAGCCACAGAGUUUUUUGAACAAGGCGAUAUUGAGAAGGCUGAACUAAAAAUAAAACCUCAGGAUAUGAUGGACCGUGAUAAACAGGAUCAGUUUCCCUCCAUGCAAGUCGGCUUCAUUGACACCAUCUGCAUGCCUGUCUACUCUGCUAUAGCUAAAGUAAACCCACGGCUGGAGCCAUUACUCAGUGGGUGUAAGGACAACAGGGUACACUGGCAGGAGCUGCUCGAACAACACAACCGCAAGAUGGCAAAUGAGGUGAUGUGUGAAAAUAAGGACAAGGACAGACGUAGUUUAGUCCCAGUGCAUUCUGGGUCAGGGUCAAGGUUUGAGAAAGGGUCAAGGUCAACGCAUCAUCAAUCUGAACUGUCCGUGUCCAAAUCAAAAUCCUGACAAAGACUGAACGUGACGUGACGCGAGACAUGCUUGGAAUAUUGUGAGAAGAAGAUGUAGAUUUCAUUGUGCAAUGUCGCGGAUGCAGUCGACUUUCCAUGCCUGCUCUCGCUGUUUUUCCAGGGUACCUACUUUUUAUAUUGGAGCUGUACUGCGUGCCUAUACUUGUGAGUCUGCCAUCUCCACUCACUUAGACCUGUGCCUCUAUCCACCAGAAUCUGUGGCAUCAGCCUGUGUACGCGCACUAACGAAGACUAUAUAAUCCUACAAGUACACCAACAAGUCUGGCUUUGUGAUCAUGUGUACAAUUGUGUACUAGCUGCAGCUUUUUGUUUUGUUUUGUUUUGCAAUUAUUCACAAGGAAAUUACCACAGAUCCUGUGAUACACAGUACAUGUAGUACGAAUCUCCAUCCAUCCAUCCGAACUCCCUGGCAUGUUCUCUCUCUUGUCUGCUCUGACCUUCCAUUUAUUAAUAUGCAUUUUAUUGUUACCAUGUAAUUUGUAUAUGUCAUGAUACAAUGUCAAAACCACUAUUUUGAUACAAUUUGAAAGAAAAAAUAAAACAAUUUUUAUAGUCAUAAGGGAUAACAUUAACCUUUGUACAAACCAUACCUUCCUUUCCAUCAGCAAAUGAUAUUCAACAACAAAGCAAUGACAUGUAGACCUACAUAUAAAAUCUUUAAUUUUCAUGUCUUCUUUUUAAAGUCUUAAACUGUCCAUUGGUGUUCAGAUUGUGCCAUACAUAAUGGGGGUUCACAGUACUAAUAUAAUUUACAGUGUAGUAAGGCAGAACAAAUAUCUGAGAUUGUUUCUUGAAAAUAUCAAAUAAGACAUAUAUUAUAAUGUUAUUACAAAUGCUUGUAUACAAAAAACCAUAAGGAAAUAUUUUCCAAGUUGAUCGUUACCUGUGUCUGUUUUAUUUUUUAAACAUCUAAUGCUGUUUCUUUUUUUUAUUUGAGAUGUUUUUUUUAUUUGUUAAGUUUUUGUACAGAUGUAUUUUUGCAAUGCUAGAUGUCUUUACAUAUCUUUUAGUGAAAUCUGUUGUUUUCAGCAGGCCAGUGUACCUCUAAUUCAUGAACAUUUAUUUAGUUCUGUCUGUUAUAUGUGCUUGAAUGUUUGUAUACAACGAUUUUGAACUACCGAUGUGUAUAUACUCCCUUCAGUCUGGUGAUACGCAUGUUUCACAAAACUGACAUAUUUAUUUUGGCAUACACUUAAUACUGGAGUCUUUGUACUCAGCUGUCACCAAGCCUAAAUCAACCAACUCAAUUUAACCAUAGAAAAAAAAAACAGUGCAUUAAACACUUGUAUGUAUAUAUACGGUAAACAACAUUAAAUUUAGCCCAUGACUAUGUAGCACAUGUUGCCAGUUCUAAAGAUUCAUUAAGAAUGCAAUUUUCGCAGUGAAAUUUUAGAUUAUUUACCAGUUAUAUACAUUAUUGUCACACAGCUCUCUCUUCAAUGGUCAGGCAGCCUGUUUUUUACAAAGUCUAUACAGUAUCAGAAGUGAGAGACAUGUAAAUCCAGAUACCCCAAGGCCUACUUAUAGAACAGUGCUUAUUUAAAGCUAACAUGUGUGUAACUAUGACAAUUUUAGAAAACAUGUAGCUGUGCAUAAAGUACAUCUACAUCACCAUUUCUAAUCUGAGCUCCCAGAAUGUGACAAUUUAGUAAAAAGUGUUUUCCACCCCAAGCUAUAAAGUACAUGUAUGUAAGUCAGCUUAGGAUAGGCUUAUACAUACACACAAAAAUUAUCUCUAUAAAGUUGGUGUAUAUACAGGUAAAUGUAUGUAAAUACAGUACACAAUUAGAAGAUGUGCCAGGCCGACUAUGAUCUCUCUGAUUUACCUCAGCUAUGCACUCUAAGUAAAGGAUAACAUCAUAUAAUGUACUUAAAACUUACAGGAAUGUGACAGUUUGAAGAAAGCUGAUGGAAGAUUCCAAUAUUUCUGUGAAAUUACCUCUGAUCCAUUCACAUGGCAUUUUUGUUUGAAUUUUCGAAUUGGUUCACAUCAUGUUUGUAAUGACAAUCCACACUGUAUACAAUGGACACAUAGCUCCAUUGAAUCAAUCAAUUCUUGGCCAUGUAUGGCCAUGUAUUUGUGAUGUGUGAUAACACAAACUUAAAUUUCAUGUUAUUCAGUGACUGAACUCUACAAGUAAGUGAACUUUUGCCCAAGCACAUCUUUUCCAUUACUAACUGUCUCAUCUGUGUGUCUUGACAUUUAAUAGGCUAUCCACAUAUAGUAUGAUUGAACAUCAACAAUAACUUGUGAAAAGAAAUUGUUAGAGAUGUGUUUUCUUUUAUUUUGCAGAGGUUAUUAAAAUUGUACUUUUGAGUGGUUUCUUGAACAUGAGUGACCAAUGCUAUCUGCAGAACUAAUUUUCAGAUGUCAAAUUUCGUGACUUCUUCUUGUCUUUACAACUAGAGCAGAACAUUAUCAAAAACCAGUCACAUUGCUUUGAAAUUUAGUUAUGCCCCUUCUUGUGAUGUACUAUUGGUUUUUCAUGUGAACCGUGUACUUGAUGAAUUUAACUAUAUUUAAAGUAUUUAACACAGUAUGAUUCUGUGUAUGUCUACCAUUUUAUUGGUAAACUAUCAUAUUUUUGUUUAAUUUACUUGUUAGUUUUAAUACAACUUGUUUAGUUUGGGCGGCCAACAGUUUGGGAGCCCAAAAGUUUUUCAGAACGACACUCUAGAUAUGGGCCUGGGUGGGUGGGAAAUGCAAGGUUUCCAUUAACUGGUACAAAGUAAGCACUGUAGGCAUCGUCCUUGGGGACGGUAUUGUCACUUAUAUCUUUUGGUUGUACAUGUCACUGCACAGGAACUUUUUGUUCCCACGACAAGUAUACGUAGUCAGAACUCUGAACCACAAGAAAACAACUAAACGGCAUGAAGUAUUCUUUCAUUUUGCCCUUGUCUUUAUAUUUAAAUGAACUCACAACUGGUAACUUUCUGAUAUAGUCACCAAAACACCUCUGUGACUUGUGAUGCACAAAUGUGUUUAAAUAUAAAUAAUUACUACAGAA